AUGGAUUCAAACAAUUCAAACGACCUCAACAAACUUUUUUGGGAGGUGAUUGAAGAAGAACUUAUGGACAACACAAAUGAAGAACUAUUGUUGUCAAUGCUCGAGAAGGAACGUCAAUCUAGAAGUUCAUCAAGGCGAAAAAGAAGAUCAGUGAUAGAUCGGAAUCGUGAAGAAGAGCAUAUACGAUUAUUCAACGACUACUUCUCAAAAAAUCCAGUAUACACGGAUGCCCAAUUCCGUAGAAGGUUCAGAAUGCAUAGGCAUUUGUUUCUUCGAAUUGUAGAAGCCCUUGGAAAUCAUGAUGAAUAUUUUCAAAUGAGGGUCGACGCAACUUGUAAAAUGGGUCUUUCACCAUUGCAAAAGUGCACUUCUGCUAUUCGUAUGUUGGCAUAUGGAUCUUCCGCUAACAUUGUAGACAAAUAUGUUCUAAUUGGUGAAAGCAUUGCAAUUGAGUGCUUAGAGAGAUUUGUAAGGGACGUGAAUGAGGUAUUUGGGGCCGAGUAUUUAAGAAGGCCUAAUAACAAUGAUGUUGAACAUCUUUUACAAAUAGGGGAGUCACGUAGAUUUCCAGGCAUGCUAGGUUCCAUUGAUUGUAUGCAUUGGGAAUGGAAGAAUUGUCUUGUUGCAUGGAAAGGACAAUUUUGCCGAAGUGAUCAUGGUUCAAAUAAUGACAUUAAUGUGCUAAACCAAUCCAAUGUGUUUAACGAUAUUUUGGAAGGACGUACUGCUACUGUGCAAUAUACAAUCAAUGGGACUCCAUAUAACAUGGGGUAUUAUUUAGCAGAUGGUAUAUAUCCUGAGUGGGAUACAUUUGUCAAGACCAUUUCAAUGCCGCAGGGAGAAAAGAGAAAACUAUUUGCUCAACAUCAAGAAUAA